ACGUCAACCCAGAUAUUCAUCUGAAGGCCAACCUACCAUCGCCCGAACCCAGGCUUGUCGCCUCUCUGUUGAGUUUUCGGAACGGCCGUGAUCAUUAGCAUUCAUUCUGGGCCUACUCGUAGCUCGCAUUUCCUUCGGUUGUUCGCCAUGGUUCGGAUCAAGGAAAGAUAUCUCCUCAUCAACAUUCUCUACCCACUGGACACCACUAGAAGAACAGACAGCAACGUUCCGGCCUUUGUCAGACGUCAUCGGCCGACACCAGGCGAUCUUUCGCCACGGGAUCUCGUCAAAGGAAUACGGCAACAAGUAUCAGCGUUAUUCGGAGACUAUGGCUCCGGCGCAUUCGAGGGUAACAACCUCGUAGUCAAAUAUUUGUCCAAGGCAACUUCCACCUUCAUCUUGAAGGUCAAGAGAGCCCAUUAUCGCUUGGUUUGGGCGGCACUCACAACCAUCAAUUCACUUCCUCUGAGCUCCAGCAAUGAGAAGUCAUGUGUAUUCAACGUCGUGCGUGUCAGUGGAACAAUACGCAAGGUCGAGGAAGAAGCUGUACACCAAGCCAGACAGCUAGUGCUUGCCGUCCGAGCAGAAGAAGCGUCCGAUACACGACUUCCCACCAUGCUUGAGCGGCCGACCACGAGUCGCACGUCGCCUGAUCGCAAAGGAGAAAUCCCUAUCAUGGUUCCAAGGGAAUCCGGCAAUGACGACAGCGAUGAAUCAGAAUUGAAAGAGCAUCUGAAUUCAAGCUGAAGACAGCUUAGGGGUAUCAUUCAUGUUUAAGUCUUGCGCACUACCUUCACCCCGCUGUUGGCCGGUACAUUCAUAUCCCCAAAAUCGGGAUCAUGUACGCUCGAUCCUCGGAAGCCUUGAGAGUUGUGAACAGACGAUAAAUCUUCGCCAGGACGCUCUUCUGCUCCCUCUCUCAACACCUCUUCCUCUUGCUCGAGCCUGUCGUAAUCGGCUUUUUGAUCAACCCAUCGUUCCUGGAUGUCGAGAGCACCUAGCAUAGACGACUCGUUCCUCAUGGCUACUUGCCAGACAGUGUCGUUGGCCCCUUCAGCUGUACCAAAGACAUACCCCCCAGCUCGAUCAAUCACCCUCAGAAGAUGCAUCAUGCUCUUCUUAUUUUCAACCGCCAGGACCUCAAAACGAACCAACCCGUAACUUUCUAUCAUGUUAGCCACAGCCUCAUUGAGCCGCCCAAACUUAUCAUUUCGCAUGACGGGCGACUCUUCCUCAAGAUAGGGCAUCAGAUAGGAUACAUCUUGUACGUCGGUGUAAAAGUCAAGAUUGAAAGGCAAGGGGUCAUAGGAAGCAACUUUGUCGAUUUUGCUCAGGACGUUGAUGUGAGGCAAGUCCAUCUGGAGCAUGGCUCGCAAUGACAGAAGAAGAUUCGAGAUAUAGAGCGAUGGUUGAGUCAAGCAGAAGGAGUCGGAGAGGUGGACGACGAC